UUUAGCGAAGAAUGGAAGAAGAACAUAACGGAGAUUAAAAACGAUCAGUAGCACGCAUCCGGCAUCGCGAUUUACGACCUGAGACAUUUCUGCAGUGUAGACCUCAGUAAGACCUGGAUCCUGGUGCUACAGGCUACCUCGAAACACCCGGGGAGGAGGAGGAGGAGGAGGGUCUGGAUCGCAGUGUGUCCGUGUGGAAGUGUGUGUGGUCAUUUGUAGACGCUCCCUAAGAAUUUUGCUGAGAGUCAUCAAUUAUGCAGGUUGUCCGCGCGCGCUGGGGAGGAGGAGGAGGAGGAGAGCAGCAACAAUAUGGCGACAUCCGCAGUUCCUCCCGGGUUCUCUGGGCAUCUUUAGCACCAACACACCUGAGCGGAUCUGUGUGAAAGAACCAGCUGUCCUGGGUGGGUUCUAAAUAAAGAGGGCUCUGCUGCAGGAUGACAAUAUGGCUGCGCCGCUGCUCGCACCCCCAGGCCCUGACAGCUUCAAGAAGUUCACCCGGGAGAGUUUGGCCAACAUCGAGAAGCGCAUUGCUGAGGAAAAGAAGAAGAAACCCGUCAAACCCCGAUCCGACAGCAGUCAUCGUGAUGACGACGACGACAACGGGCCCAAGCCCAACUCCGACCUGGAGGCGGGGAAGAGCCUGCCCUUCAUCUACGGGGACGUCCCCUCCAAUAUGGUGGCCGUGCCUCUGGAGGACUUGGACCCCUUCUAUUUGAACAAGAAAACCUUUAUAGUGCUAAACAAAGGGAAAACGAUCUUCCGCUUCAGUGCCACGCCCUCGUUGUAUAUCAUUAGCCCUUUUAAUCUGUUCAGGCGAAUAGCUAUUAAAAUAUUGAUACAUUCAGUUUUCAGCAUGAUCAUAAUGUGCACCAUUUUAACCAACUGUGUGUUCAUGACAUUCAGCAACCCGCCAGAAUGGUCCAAACAAGUCGAGUACACAUUCACAGGGAUUUACACGUUCGAGUCUCUCACAAAGAUCGUGGCUCGAGGAUUUUGUAUAGACGGCUUCACGUUUCUCAGAGAUCCCUGGAACUGGCUGGACUUUAUGGUCAUCUCCAUGGCAUAUGUAACAGAGUUUGUGGACCUCGGGAAUGUGUCCGCCCUGAGAACCUUCAGGGUUCUACGAGCUCUCAAAACUAUUUCUGUCAUACCAGGGCUGAAAACCAUCGUGGGCGCUCUGAUCCAGUCGGUGAAGAAGCUGUCUGAUGUGAUGAUCCUGACGGUGUUUUGUCUCAGCGUGUUUGCGCUCAUCGGCCUGCAGCUCUUCAUGGGGAACCUGCGGCAGAAGUGUGUGUUCUGGCCAAUCAGCAACGAGACCAUCACGUACCUGUCCAAUGGGAGCAGAGGAUUCGACUUUAAUGAGUACAUCAUGAAUGAUACAAAUUUCUACUUCCUGCCAGACCAGGGAGAUGCUUUACUGUGUGGAAACAGCUCAGAUUCUGGACGCUGUCCGGAGGGUUACACGUGCAUGAAGGCAGGCCGUAACCCUAACUACGGGUACACCAGCUUUGACUCAUUCGGCUGGGCGUUCCUCGCUCUCUUCAGACUCAUGACACAGGACUUCUGGGAGAAUCUGUACCAGCUGACCCUUCGAGCUGCAGGAAAAACCUACAUGAUCUUCUUCGUGCUGGUGAUCUUUGUGGGUUCCUUCUACCUGGUGAAUCUGAUCCUGGCUGUGGUGGCCAUGGCCUAUGAGGAGCAGAACCAGGCCACUAUUGAAGAGGCCCAGCAGAAAGAGGAGGAGUUUAAAGCCAUGUUGGAGCAGCUCAAGAAACAGCAGGAGGAGGCUCAGGCCAACGCAAUGGCCACGUCUGCAGGGACAGUAUCUGAGGAUGCUGUGGAGGACGACGGAGGCGGACAUCUCUCCCGCAGCUCCUCUGAGGUGUCCAAGCUGAGCUCCAAAAGUGCCAAGGAGCGACGGAACAGGAAGAAAAAGUGGAGGAAAGAGCAGGAGAAGGAGAAGGGAGACAGCGAGAAAGUGGUCAAAUCUGAGUCGGAUGACGGCAGCAAGAGGAGUCGCUUCCGUUUCCCAGACAACCGUCUGGGCAGAAAGACCUCCAUCAUGAACCAGUCUCUGUUAAGUAUACCUGGCUCGCCCUUCAUGUCCCGCCAUAACAGUCGCAGCUCCAUCUUCAGCUUUAAGGCGCGUCCGCGGGACGUCGGCUCAGAGAACGAGUUUGCGGAUGACGAGCACAGCACGGUGGAAGAGAGCGAAGACCGGCGAGGCUCCCUCUUCAUCCCGUACCGGCGCAACAGCUACAGCGGUUACAGUCAGGGCUCAUCACGCAUCAACCCACUGGCGCCACACUCAGGCUGCAAGAGGAACAGCACGGUCGACUGCAACGGCGUGGUGUCUCUGAUCGGGCCCGGUCGCCUUCUGCCUGAGGUGAAAAUAGAUAAGGCAGCCUCUGAUGACAGUACGACUGAGGUGGACAUGAAGGGGAAACACUCCGGGUCUCUCAUGGUGUCCGUGGACCAGCUGAACACGUCGUUUGGGCGUAAAGAGCGAGCGAACAGCGUGAUGACCGUCAUCACUAACACACUAGUGGAGGAGCUCGAGGAGUCUCAGCGGAAGUGUCCUCCAUGCUGGUACAAGUUCGCCAACAGGUUUCUGAUCUGGCAAUGCUGUCCACUCUGGUUGAAAAUUAAGGAGAUAGUCAAUCUGAUAGUGUUCGACCCGUUUGUGGAUUUGGCCAUUACUAUAUGUAUCGUACUCAACACCGUGUUCAUGGCGAUGGAGCACUACCCCAUGAGCCCAGAGUUUGAGGCGGUUCUGUAUGUAGGAAAUCUGGUGUUCACUGCCAUUUUCACAGCCGAGAUGGUCGCGAAGCUCGUAGCGAUGGACCCGUAUUACUACUUCCAGGAGAGCUGGAACAUAUUCGAUGGCUUCAUCGUGAGCCUGAGUUUGGUGGAGUUGAUGCUCGCUGAUGUUCAGGGAUUGUCGCUGCUGAGAUCCUUCAGAUUGCUGAGGGUUUUCAAACUGGCAAAGUCGUGGCCCACUCUGAACAUGCUGAUCAAGAUCAUCGGGAACUCUGUGGGCGCUCUGGGAAACCUGACCCUGGUGCUGGCCAUCAUCGUCUUCAUCUUCGCCGUGGUGGGCAUGCAACUGUUUGGGAAGAGCUACAAGGACUGUGUGUGUAAAAUUGCCUCAGAUUGUGACCUGCCGCGCUGGCACAUGCACGACUUCUUCCACUCGUUCCUGAUUGUGUUCCGCGUGCUGUGUGGAGAAUGGAUCGAGACCAUGUGGGACUGCAUGGAGGUGGCAGGACAGACCAUGUGCCUCACCGUUUUUAUGAUGGUCAUGGUCAUUGGAAACUUAGUGGUGCUGAAUCUGUUCCUGGCUCUGCUGCUCAGCUCGUUCAGCGCUGAUAAUUUGGCUGCCACUGAUGACGACGGGGAGAUGAACAACUUGCAGAUCUCCGUGAUCCGGAUUAAAACGGGCAUUGCCUGGACCAAAGUCCAUGUGCGGCUGCUGGUGGCUCACAUCCUGAAGAAGUCGCCUCUGGAGGAUGAAGACAAGCCUUUGGAUGACAUGUACGACAAGAAACUGAACAUCAUUGGCAACCAUACAGGAGUGGACAUCAAAUGUGGUGAGCUCGACUUCGUCAAGAAUGGCAACGGCACCACCAGCGGCAUCGGUAGCAGUGUGGGGAAGUACAUGAUCGACGAGGACCGCAUGUCCUUCAUCCACAAUCCCAACCUGACUGUGCGUGUCCCGAUCGCCGUCGGAGAGUCGGACUUCGAGAACCUGAACACGGAGGACUUCAGCAGCGAAUCGGAUGUGGAGAACAGCAAGGACCUUGAUACGAGCUCGUCGGAGGGCAGCACUAUAGACAUAAAGCCGGAGGAGGAGGAAGCAGGGGUGGUGGAGGUGGUGGAGGAGUAUCUGGACCCGGAAGCGUGCUGGACGGACGCCUGUGUGGCACGGUAUAAGUGCUGUGAUGUGCCCAUCACUGAGGGUUGGGGGAAACACUGGUGGUACCUGAGGAAAACCUGCUACCUCAUUGUAGAACACAACUGGUUCGAGACACUCAUCAUCUUCAUGAUCCUGCUCAGCUCUGGAGCUCUGGCAUUUGAGGACGUGUAUAUAGAACAGAGGAAAACGAUUCAGAUCAUUCUGGAAUACGCAGAUCGAGUCUUCACCUACAUCUUCAUCUUGGAAAUGCUGCUCAAAUGGGUUGCUUAUGGAUUCGUCAAAUAUUUCACUAAUGCAUGGUGCUGGCUCGACUUCUUCAUCGUAGACGUGUCUAUAGUCAGCCUUAUAGCUAAUGCGCUGGGGUACUCAGACUUGGGCCCCAUUAAGUCCCUGAGGACUUUGCGGGCCCUCAGGCCCCUGAGAGCUUUGUCCCGGUUUGAGGGAAUGAGGGUCGUGGUGAAUGCGCUGGUGGGUGCCAUCCCAUCCAUCAUGAACGUGCUGUUGGUGUGUUUGAUCUUCUGGCUCAUCUUCAGCAUUAUGGGGGUGAACCUGUUCGCUGGAAAGUACUACUACUGCUUUAACGAGACAAGCAAGGAGUAUUUCGAGCCCGAUGAUGUCAACAACAAGACGGAGUGUGAAGCGCUCAUGUCUUCAAAUCACAAUGACGUUCGCUGGAAAAACGUCAAGAUCAACUUUGAUAACGUGGGUGCUGGAUAUCUGGCACUCUUACAAGUGGCCACGUUUAAAGGUUGGAUGGACAUCAUGUACGCAGCGGUGGAUUCCAGAGAGGUUGAAGAUCAACCGAAGUAUGAAGAUAAUCUCUACAUGUACAUCUAUUUCGUCAUCUUCAUCAUCUUCGGCUCAUUCUUCACACUGAAUCUGUUUAUUGGUGUCAUCAUCGACAACUUCAACCAGCAGAAGAAAAAGUUUGGAGGUCAGGAUAUCUUCAUGACAGAAGAACAGAAGAAGUACUAUAAUGCCAUGAAGAAACUGGGCUCGAAGAAACCGCAGAAGCCCAUCCCCAGACCACAGAACCAAAUCCAGGGGAUGGUGUUUGACUUCGUCACGCAGCAGGCCUUCGACAUCUCCAUCAUGAUACUCAUCUGUCUCAACAUGGUCACGAUGAUGGUGGAAACAGAUGACCAGUCGGAAGAGACAGAGAACAUUCUGUACUGGGUCAACUUCGUCUUCAUCGUGGUUUUCACUGGCGAGUUUGUACUGAAGCUCUUUGCACUACGACAUUACUACUUCACCAACGGCUGGAACAUCUUUGACUGUGUGGUGGUGAUUCUGUCUAUUGUGGGUAUGUUCCUGGCAGACCUGAUCGAGAAGUACUUUGUGUCACCUACUCUGUUCAGGGUGAUCCGUCUGGCUCGAAUUGGUCGUAUCCUGCGUUUAAUCAAAGGAGCCAAGGGUAUCCGGACCUUACUGUUUGCCUUAAUGAUGUCACUUCCUGCCCUGUUUAACAUCGGCCUGUUGCUUUUCUUGGUCAUGUUCAUCUUCUCCAUAUUCGGUAUGUCCAACUUUGCGUACGUGAAGCGGGAGCUCGGCAUCGACGACAUGUACAACUUUGAGACGUUCGGUAACAGCAUGAUCAUCUUGUUCAUGAUCACCACUUCGGCAGGGUGGGACGGUUUGCUCGCGCCCAUCCUCAACUACCCACCUGAUUGCAACCCUGACAAGGAGAACCCAGGAACCACAGUGAAGGGGGACUGUGGCAACCCUUCUGUAGGAAUCUUCUUCUUUGUCAUGUACAUCAUCGUGUCCUUCCUGAUUGUUGUAAACAUGUACAUUGCCAUUAUUCUGGAGAACUUUAGCGUUGCGACAGAGGAGAGCGCUGAUCCGUUGUGUGAGGAUGACUUUGAGUCCUUCUACGAGAUCUGGGAGAAGUUUGACCCAGACGCAUCACAGUUUAUUACCUUUGCCAAGCUGCCGGACUUUGCAGAUACGCUGGAACAUCCUCUACGUGUGCCUAAGCCUAAUAUAAUCGAGCUUAUUGCAAUGGAUCUACCCAUGGUGAGUGGUGAUCGUAUCCACUGCUUGGACAUCCUGUUUGCUUUUACCAAGCGCGUCCUGGGCGACAGCGGUGACCUGGACAUGAUGCGUCAGCAGAUGGAGGAGCGCUUUGUGGCGGCGAACCCUUCCAAAGUGUCCUACGAGCCUAUCACCUCCACGCUACGCCGUAAACAGGAAGAGGUGUCGGCCGUGGUGAUCCAGAGGGCGUACCGCGCCCACCUCACCCGCCGGGGGUUCGUCUGCAAACGCCGGCCGGCCAACAACAAGCUGGAAAACGGAGGGACAAAUCAGGAGAAGAAGGAGGACACCCCCUCUACCGCAUCGCUGCCGUCGUACGACAGCGUAACCAAGCCCGAGAAGGAGAAGCAAGAUGACGACAACGAGGGAAAGGGCCGUAAGGAGAAGGGCCGAAACCAAAAAGACGUCAGGGAAUCCAAGUGUUAAGGCUGCAGCAGUGGAACACACGGACAGCAAAAACAACAGUCAUGAUAAUUAAUUCACUUAAACUGCAAUUUCAAGCAAACCGAGCAGAAACCCUGAAUCAGACUACACACACACACGUGUACAGAUUAAUUUCAUUCGCAAGUAAGAAAACAAUAUUUUAAAAAGAUCCGUGAAUAAAAGGACAAGAUGAAAAAAAAAUUGUUUACAAACUUCACAGGUGAACGGAUGCAAUGGGAAUGGAACGCGCUGGGGUUUCUUCAAAGCUUGACUCUUUAAAGUUAAACCAAACAUAAUCAGCUUCCUGUGUAACACUGUUGCAUCAGAACUUGAGUUAAACUAAAUCAGAUAGGGAUCUUUCACAAGAGGACUGAUACUUGAUUAUCGUGUAUUAGAGGGCUACACUGCACUUCAGGAUGGAACUCGUUGCUUAUAUGAGGAAACCAAGGAGAAAAAAUAAUAUAUAUAUAUAAUCACAGCAUGGCGUGUUGUUCCCCACAUCUGGAGAAUCCCGCGCUGAUGCUGUGUGUUUAUGAAAAUUUCCGUAAAGGAAAUGAACACUCGUGGAAGAAUCAGCUUCCGAACAUGAACAGCAGAGGAAUCUGCACUAUUUCAUUUCAGACGAACUCAGAAGCGAUGGUGAGCGUGAGCAGAGAUCAGUGGAGCGUGACGAACAAAAAUCAUAGAGCUUGGCUGAUUCAAACCGUAUCUUUGUGUUAGUCAGCGUUACAAUAUACUUUACACCGUCUUUAUGUUAUUUGAGCGGCAAAAAAAGGAAAAAAAAAAAAAAAAAAAGAAGGGAGGAACAACAAAGCACCAACGAGAGCGAAAAAGAAAAUCGACAUUCGACAUUUUGCCCAUGCCACCCUCAGUAACUACGUCAUCAUAUAUUUCUUAUUUAUACUUAUGCAUCAAAGAGCUUUAUUCUACAUGGGCUUUCACACUGAUAAGGAACGGAGGCAAAUACCGCAAAAACAAGCCUCCGACUAUUUCCGACAUUUCAAAAUGAAUAAUAAAUUAUUGUGCUUGCUCAGUGCAUAGAAAUGACUUGCAUGAUGGCAUGUUUUGAUCAGAAAUUCUUGCAUGAAUAAUCAUAGUCCACAAAACACUAAUACAGACCGCCACAGUGGCUCGAUAGUACAUUAAAGGCUGUCCACUGGCUAAAUUGAGUCUAAUCUGACGAUGUUGAAAGCGAAUUGACCCCAAAAUCACGAUGUGUCCUUUAACUCGUCACCGAUUUUGGGUUGAGUAGCUGCUCAGAGCCGCUAACUAACUGAAAACGACUGAAAGCAAUGUGACACAUUGGCGAGGAACAUACCAUUUUUUUGCUGCUCAGGAGAUAUAUAUGGAGAAAUGCAAAGGGUGUUUGUGUGUGUGUGUGUGUGUGUGUGUGUGUAGAUCCUAAAGUGUUUUUUUUCUUCUUCUUCUUUUAUUUGUAUGCAGCAAUAUUGCUUACCUUCCCUACAGCACUGUCGUUUCGGUGCUCUGUAGAUGUAGGGUUGAAAGAAGGGAACUGCGACACCGGGUGUGACGCGCUACACUCGCCGCCGUUUCCGCGCCUCAACCGGAGUAAGAUUCGGAAAGUGGCAGUCAUUUUUUAUUCAUUUAUUUUCAAACAGUAAAUAUCUCGUUACUCAACUCCAUCGGAUUACUUUACGGAGUUCGACGUCGUCUACACCCACGUCCGUUUUUAUUCCAGUUCACGUUUUUUUUUUUUUAAUGUACUCUACAUCUUUGCAAUAUGACUCUGAGAGGCAGUGUAUUAGGAAGCCAAAGAGGUUUGUCUUGGUAGUUUGGUUGAAAAAGGUCUAGGGAUGGGGUGGAGUCGCACAACCACCCACCCUCCCGACUGACGCUUGUUGAGUUUCCCUCGUUUUUCUCAGGAUACAACACAGAUUCAUCAUGCUAACGACUCGCGGAGAAGAACGAGUCGAGGCGUAGGGUUAGGAGACAGAGCUGAGCUCUUUUCGCCACGCGAAGCAGCUUCCAGCAACGAAACGUCAACAAUAACCGCAGUAAUAAAUAAUAAAGGAGGAAAUUCACUGUGAGGCGAUUGAAAUGAAAGAAGACAGAGUGUCGAUGGAGCAUCACCUGCGAGCAGUUCGUGAUCACCCCCCUGUUUCGUCCAUUCGGUAGCGCACGACCAUAACCUCGAGCCCUGUUCCUCAAGUAGAUCACGUGAUAUCGUGCCGCCGCGUA